AUGAAAGUAAAAUUGGAGAAAUUCAAGGUCAACAUUAUUUCAUCAUCAGAUUCCCUUCCUAGUGGUCACAAAAUCUCCAAAUAUGAAUUAAAUUUCCGCCAUGGAAUUUGCGUGCCGUCGUCAUGUUCAAAUCAGAAGUCUCUUGAAUAUGCUAAUCGUUAUCUUUCACAAGAAAACCUCAUUGGAUCUGCUGCCAGAUGUCAAACUAAUGAUCCACUGCCUUUUGAAGUCAUGGAUAUCGUAACAAUGUUAGAUAAUAAUCGAACUGAAUUUAUUUCUUUAAGUUGUUAUCUUAUCAAGAUUUGCAGAUUAAUUUUCUCUUCAAUUGGAUUGUUGAUGAUUGCAAGCACAAUUUAUGAGGUUUCAAAGAUAAGAAAUAAUCGUAAAAUUAAUGAAUUUCAUUGCCCAUUUCAUAAUGUCUAA